GCCGGCCGUGUUUGCGUUCGCGCGUUUCACACCCGCUUAAAAAAAAAACAUUCCGCGCGUCUUCUGAAUUUAAACUUUUUGAAACUGUCUGGGUUUUUUAUCGGUGCGGCGCAGUGCAUGGAUUGAUUUGUUACGUUUGAAGACAAGUUGGAAGUAUUGCAGUGAAGUAUUAGUCGGUGGUAUUGGCCGUUGAGACGCUAUAAAGUGAUGUAUCAGCGACCGCCGGGCAAUUAGCGCGGACUGCUACGAAAACAGAGCCUUUCGCCUAAACCCCCAAACUCCUGGAACAUUUCGUUGCGGCAGUUUGUAGCAGGCCAGCAAGCUGUUUUACCCCUACCUGAAGACGUCUUCCCUCCACAGGGACUUCCUCUUCGCCAGCGGCUCCGGUAAGUGCCAAGACGAGUCGGGAUGCGAGGCUGAUAUGUCGGAGGGCGCGGACGUGGGGCGCCACUCGCCGCCCCGGCCGCAGCAAGAGCCCAUCAACCUUAAGAAUGAGCAGGCGGAGUCUGACCGGGAGAGCGGCGCGAGCUCGCCGGAGGCGGCCCGCCAGCUAACGGAGCCGCGUACCCCCUCCCCGCGCCGCACCCCGCAGCUGAAUGGCUCCAUGGCGUCCAUGUUCCAAAACCUGCAGAACCUGGCCAGCAUGCAGCAGAACAUGCCGCAGCAAAUGUCGCAGCAGCUGCAGCAGCAGAUGUCGCAGCAAAUGUCGCAGUUGGCCGCCAACCUGCAGGGGCUGACGUCCAUGCCGUCCUCCGUCAUCAACUCGCCUUUGAAUUUGAGCGUCAGCGCGCCAGGCAUGGGAUCCCCCAACCCCGUAGGCAACAGCAAUAUGCUGCCGCCAGCCAUGCCGUCACCCAUGCCGCAGCUCAUCCUGGCUUCGGGACAGCUGGUGCAGGGCAUACAGGGAGCUCAGCUGCUAAUACCGACCUCACAGGGUAUCGCCACGCAAACCAUCCUCACAAUACCAGUAAACCACGUCAACUCGAACGACCAGAUGGUGAACCUGGCCCUCAACAACGGACAGGUCGUCUCCACCUCUCUAGCGAACCUGCAAGCCAUGGCGCAACCGCACCAGCUCCUAAACUCCAACCCUCAACAACCGAGACCCAACAUGCUGAACCCUACACUUAGCAAUGCGCUCUUGAAUCCAGGGUUACCGAACUUUCUCUCCAACGGAGCUUCAAGCGCUCAGGAGCUUCUUCAAGCGUUUCAGCAGCCGCAGCCGAAUCAUAACCUCCUCCAGACUGUGCAGCAGAAUAAUCUGAAUCAGCAGAUGCAAGGGCGACGGUCGUCGUCUCCAAGGCCUGAUCGGCAUUAUAAGGAGAGAGAGAACUUUGAGAGAUACGCGAGCAGUUCAAGGGAAAGAAGUGAGAGGGAGAACCAGGGGAAUGCGGCGAUCAACAGUAUUAACAGGCUCGCAGCAUCCAACGGCGAGAUAACCAUCACAACUUCAACGCACUCAGGCACUGCCAGCUCCGCAGGCUCAGCACCAGCCCCAUCACCCCACGCUCCUGUCAAGAUGUCACCUGGCUCCGUCAAGAGUUCGCAUGAUGACAACGACCUGCUUGCUGACUCGCCAAAUCAACCAACAAUAAGCCAGUCCUCCAGUAACGUCGUGGACGGUAUCAACCUAGAAGACAUCAAGGAAUUCGCGAAAGCUUUCAAGCUGCGGCGGCUUGGGCUAGGCCUCACGCAGACUCAGGUUGGGCAGGCCCUGUCCGUCACUGAAGGUCCGGCUUACAGCCAAAGCGCGAUUUGCAGUGCCCUGGCUUCGCAGAUGCUAGCAGCUCAGCUGUCGUCACAGCAACAAAACAUAUUUGAGAAAUUGGAUAUAACACCAAAAAGUGCGCAGAAAAUCAAACCGGUGCUCGAACGUUGGAUGAAGGAAGCUGAAGAGAGGUAUGCAACUGGACAAAACCAUCUGACCGACUUCAUUGGGAUGGAGCCAAGCAAGAAGCGCAAGCGACGGACCUCAUUCACACCACAAGCUUUGGAGCUGCUCAAUGCGCACUUUGAAAGGAACACACAUCCAUCUGGUACAGAAAUAACCGGCCUAGCACACCAACUGGGCUACGAACGCGAAGUUAUUAGAAUAUGGUUCUGCAACAAACGCCAAGCUCUCAAAAACACCGUCAGAAUGAUGUCGAAAGGGAUGGUCUAAAUCGAACUACAACACCCAUGUUAAACAUCUACUCACGGUGUGUCCAAACCAACCUAAGUACGUUGUUUUAGUGAUUAGUUCAGUUUGGACGCACCAACCGACUGGUAAAUGACAUAGACUAUCGCAUUUUUUUUUGUUUUGACUUUAAAUAAUGGCGCGAUUAGUCUAUCUCCAUGAAUCACAGAUACUAGAAACAUUAGUGAUGAGAUACAGAUUAUCGAUAAUUUUUGUUACAAUUAAUUAUACUGCGUUUAGUUUUCGAUCUGGUUCAAAGAAUUUAUGUUGACAGAUAAUAUAUGUUGCAUUUAUAUGAACGUUGUCAUGUUUUUCUUUACUGCGAUUCAAACUAAAAUACAGCUUUUAAGAUGACAAGAGUCUUCUAGCACACUUUUUUCAUCACAUAACUUCAUUCCAACCCACCUAUAAUAUGUUCCUUUGCCCAUAUAUUUUAAACUGUCCUAAAUCUUUAUUGAAACAAAGUAGAGCUGUAGUAAAGAUAAUUUUAUCGCACCUUCUUACAUUUCAAUAAAUGAAAUGUUCGUACGAAAAGUCACAGGAAUUUCGCUCUUAAAAUAAAUUUCAGUAUGGAUAGGAUUUUUGAUAAAACGUAAAAUUAAAACAAAUUUCGACUGAAAUAUUUGUCUCGGCGUAGUUUUAACCGUGAAUGGAGUAUUGUAGAAUAGGCAUAGGUGUCUAGUACAAAAUCAUUAACUAAUAUCGGGUUCCUGAUUACAGCCAUUUUUUUUGCUAAAUUAUACAAAGCUUUCGUAUCAGAACUAUGAGGGAGUAAAUCCCUAUCCAGUAAAAAUGUUCUGUAAGCGCUUGAACUUCAGCUCAUGCGUGUCUUUAUUUGAUGUUCAACAACAGAGCAGCAUUUUUGUGUAGAAGACAUAUUGCAUUUUGUAAAUAAGUACAAUAUUAAAUUCUCGAUACUUGAUAAAGUAGAUGAUAAAUUAAUUUAUUGAAAUACUCUGAGUUGUUCCGUUCUACUUAGCGAAUGUUGCACUUUACAAGUUUUAGUAAUAAUCGAUAUUAUGAAAGUACGUAGAUUUAAAUAAUUAUGUCGUCUGUCUUAGCGGCCUACUCAGAUUUUUUUAUCUAGUAGGUUUUUGUUGAUAGAUAGGAUAUAAAACGAUAUGUAAGUACAUUAUAGUUAAUAAAUACGUCGGCGUAAAUGUAAAUAUCGUUUGUGUUUUUGUUUCGUAUAAUGUAUUAUUAAUUUUAAGUUAAAAAGUAAUUUAGCUUUGAAUGAUAAUUUGUAUGAAUUGACAAGUUGGAUUUUUGUGGCCACAUUAACGUUUAAUUGUUUCAGAUAUUAAAAUAUUUUAAUUGAUCACUUUGUCGUGCAUGUUUCAUUAUAAAUACACGUAACAGGGGGUCUCUUAAUAGUUAUGUGCAUAUUAUUUUGGGUAGAUAUUAUUUACAAAAAAAAACUAUAAAAUUGCCUCGCAUUUGGAAAUGUAGAUUUUGAAAUACAUUAUUAUAUUCAAAGAUUUUCAAAAAAUGGUCGUUAUUACAAUGUUUUAUAAGUUUUUUGUGCCCGAAAAGUAUGCACAAAUUAUUAUAGUCUGGUCAAGCUGUUUGUUUACCUAGUUACUUGCGACUCUUUUUAAUCGAUUUCAUUAGUAAUAAAUGUAAUAAUAAACUGCGGUUACUAUCUAAAGGGUACAUAUUUAGUGAGUGAUCUAAGUAAUUACCUUAUGUACUGUUCAGGACUGAUUGUGAAAAACUGGAGUUAUUAUUUGAAGUAUUACAAAAUAAUAGUUAUUCAAUAAAAAUAUUACCCAACUGUUACCAUUUCCUAAAAGUCAUAUACCUACAAAAUAAUUUAUGAAUUUAUAGAACACAUUACGACCUACGGACAUCUUGAUUUUAUAAAUAAAAGUUUAUUUUCAAGAAAAUUCGUAUUACUUAGAGUGGCAAGUGUAAAUUAUUUAGUUAGAACAUUUUCAACUAAGACCUACUGUUAACUGUAUUACCGAUAGAAUAAGGAUGUAAUUUAACGUAUGUUAAUGACCAAUGAAAACCAACUUGUGAUCAUUAAUAUUUGUACUGUUACCUACUACUUUAAACAAGAGUCGUUAAAAAAUAAUAUUAUAAUAAAAUUGAACAUAUUUUUCGGCUGUUGAAAAAUUGUAAAUACAAUAUUAAGGAUAAUAAAAACUAUUUGGAUUAAUAUUUAGGAACAAAGGGAAAAAUAUUAUCAAAAUUUAUAUUUUCAAAAAUUAUUACAAGUGCAAAAAGUGUAUUUAAAAAAAGGGAUGUUUGGCCAUACUCAAAAUUUUACACGGAACGGAUUUUUUAUCGACUUAAGCACAACACUCCACACACCGCAAGCAGUAAGGUACACAGUGACUCAAAAUUGUGCGGUGCGACUUUGAACCUUAUCUACUUAAGCCGGAAUCAGGUUUUUCGUCACCAUUCAUAAUAUAAUACAAUGCUCUAGAUGACUUUAGUAGUAAUUUAAAUACCUAAUGGGAAAACAGUUUAGUAAACGUGCUAUUGACGAAAGUAGAUAAUACAACGCAACGAAAAGCCUGAUUCCCAUCAAACAUUAGUGUAAUAGAGAAGGCAUAUAGGAUGCUAAGUACAAAGGAUAAUUUAACUAUUAAACUGCUAGUCCCGUUACGAAUAAAGUUAUUAAAUCUUAAUUGUUACUGGGCAAAUUCGCAUCGCACCGGUUUUCAUAAUUCGCAUGUAACUUGUAAACAAUAUAAUAGUCUAAAUACAUAAAGUCUACACAUAACUCAGCUGUAACACAUAUUCAAACCAAACUGUAACAAUAUGUAAUAGUGUAUUAAUUUUUUCUUCCUGUAAUGGUACCGAACGAAUGACUAUGGCUGCUGGUUUAUGAAGAAAAGCAGAAUAAAGGCAGAUAACUGU